UAAGGUUUAGUUAUUUGCCGGUGGUGGAAGUGCUAGGGAAAAAUAGAAUGUAUAUAAGUUGCAGAGUGACCGAGUGAAUGUAGUGUGAAAGAUGAUACAGACAAAACAGACGAGGACAUUUCAAGCUGCUGCAAUAUAGCGAAAUCAAUUAGGCAAUGGCUAUAUUGUGAUUGUGUUAGAUGUAGGUUCCGCACAAAAAUGGUUUUCUUCCACAGCAAACCGGUGACAUGAAUUUUUGUUGAUAUCCGCGAUUGUUGCUGAACGUGAGAAGAAUCACCCCCAAAACCGGCGAGCAUACCGGGCUGGCCACCAUGUCACCGCUCCACGUUCACUGCAGUGUUACUUCGCCCACCGAAGACCGGACACAGCAAGAUUUAUUGCUAACUAUCGCUUGAGCAAGGAAGCGUUUCUGGAAGUGUUGCACGAAAUCGAUGGCCACUUGCAAAGCGGUACAAGCAAUUUUAAAAGUAAAUAAGUUGGCUGCUUUAUUAAGAUUUAUUGCGCAAGGUUCUUAUCAGUUAGGAAUAGGUAACGAGGGCAUUGUUGGAAUGGCGCAGUCAACACUGUCCGUAAUAAUUAAUGAAGUAUUGAAUGCAUUGGAGAGCACAAUUUGUCCUAAGUAUGUUUCAUUUAUAAAUACAGGAGCAGAAACUUGUGCGACAAAGCUUUAUUUUUAUGAAAAAUGUGGUAUUCCGGGCAUCAUUGGCGCUAUUGAUGGUACACAUAUAAAAAUUGUAUCAUUAAAAAACACACAACAUCUAUAUUUCUGCAGAAAAGGAUAUCACAGCAUAAAUGCUAUGAUUGUAAGUAUAUAUGAGUUAAUGUUCGAACACAUGCCAAAUUAAUUUAAAUCGUACUGCAAGGUAUGUGACCACAAAAGAAAGAUAAGAUAUGUAAGUGCAAAAUAUCCAGGAUCUUCUCACGAUUCUUUAGUUUUCAAUAUGUCAAAUCUCAAAGCGCAUUUGGAAACUGAAUAUCAAAA